UUUUUACUGUUACUAAAAUAAUUAUACAGUAUAUGCUUGAUGUUUAUGUGUUUAUAUUGAAUUGCAGAGGUUUAAUAGUACAAUGAGGGCAGUCCAAGGAGCUCUAAUUGUGGCGUCAAGUCUGCAAAUAAUCCUCGGAUAUAGCCAAUUAUGGGCUAUUUGUUCAAGGUUUUUUAGCCCAUUGGGAAUGGUUCCAGUUAUAUCACUGGUGGGUUUUGGUCUGCUUGAUAGGGGAUUUCCUGUGGUGGGACGAUGCGUUGAAAUUGGCAUUCCCAUGCUUAUUUUGUUUGUUGUCUUCUCUCAGUAUCUGAAGCAUUUUCAGGUAAGGAAGCUGCCAAUGCUGGAGCGCUUUGCUCUUGUUCUAUCAGUUACUGUUAUAUGGGCAUAUGCACACCUGUUGACCGCUAGUGGUGCUUACAAACACCGCCCUGCUAAAACUCAAAUGAACUGCCGAACUGAUAAGGCUAACCUCAUCUCUACUGCACCAUGGAUAAAGAUCCCAUAUCCUUUACAAUGGGGUGCACCUUCUUUUGAUCCCGGUCAUGCAUUUGGAAUGAUGGCUGCUGUACUAGUCUCGCUCAUUGAGUCAACUGGAGCUUUUAAAGCAGCAGCUCGUCUAGCAAGUGCCACUCCCCCACCAGCUCAUGUUCUGAGCCGCGGUAUAGGCUGGCAGGGUAUUGGGAUCUUACUCAGUGGACUCUUUGGAACAUUAAGUGGUUCUGCUGUCUCUAUAGAAAAUGUAGGCCUGAUUGGAAGCACUCAUGUAGGAAGUCGUAGAGUUAUACAGAUUUCUGCUGGCUUCAUGAUCUUUUUCUCAAUCUUAGGAAAAUUUGGGGCUCUUUUUGCUUCAAUACCUUUCACUAUAUUUGCUGCAAUGUACUGUGUUUUCUUUGGCCUUGUUGGUUCUGUCGGGCUAUCAUUCUUGCAGUUCACAAAUAUGAACUCUAUGAGAAAUCUCUUCAUUGUAGGUGUAUCUAUGUUUCUUGGUCUGUCUAUUCCUAAUUAUUUUAGAGAAUACUCGGCCAGCGCUCUACAUGGACCUUCUCACACCAGGGCUGGAUGGUUCAAUGAUUUCCUCAAUACUAUCUUCUCCUCUUCACCGGCAGUGGCGCUGAUUAUCUCAGUUCUCCUAGACAACACCCUUGAAUACAAGGAUAGUGCUAAAGACAGAGGAAUGCCAUGGUGGGUCAAAUUCAGGACAUUCAAAGGAGACAGUCGAAACGAGGAGUUCUACACCCUUCCCUUUAACCUCAACCGUUUUUUUCCCUCCAUCUUAAGCGUGGUUGAGCCUUAAAGAGAGGGGACAGAGUAGUUUUAAAACCCUUAAACCAGUUUUCCUCUCCAUCAUGAACCCCUUAGAAGUAGUUUAGUACCAUUGAUAGCAUUGUGAUUAUCAUCACAAUGAUGAUGAUGGAGAAAUGUUAUUAUCAGAGUAAAUCAAGUUUUGCUCUUU